ACUCCUACACCCUACCCUCUUCCGUGUUAUUGUGGCUGAUCUGUCUGUCCCGAGCGAGGCACGUCUCAACCUGCAAGCGAGAUCUUUGUUUUUAGAUGAUGAGCUGCUGUUUCAGGUUCCAACGCUUCCGGAGAAGGAAAAAAAACAAAACUUUUUUGUUGUUGGGAAUUUUGUUUUUGUUUUUGUUUUUUAGCGCAUCAUAUCAUAUCUGUUUUUUGGCUUUUCGAUGGCAAUAGCGAAACAGCACUGACAUAGCGCGUGAGCAUUUGGAAUAAAUACGUCGUGGCAAUAAAAAACAAACCAUCGAAAAAACAUUUAAGACAGAGCGGAUGAGCAGGUUAUGUCAGCAGCUUUCAAGCAUCUGCAAGGGCAUUUAAUAAAACUAAUAUGAGAGAGGGCAAGAGACACGAGGACCAGAGAGAGAGUGUGUGUGUGUGUGUGUGUGUGUGUGUGUGUGUAUAUAUGAGAUUCCAGUGCAUGUAUCUGUGCCGGAGAUUGAUAUUGUUAUUGCAGAGGAGUCGUUCUCUCUCGCACACACCGCGUGCUGCCAGAUGAGAUAGGAGGCUGCACGUAAUGUUUGCAGAUCGCGUCGUGACACGCUGUAAUAGCUAUAAGACUUGUGAUGUAUUAAAAAUCCAUUGGUGUACCCCUGCUGAGACACGCUUAAAUAUUUGCCUCAUUUAUGUGUUAUUUAUCCGUGCACUCAAACACUGAAGCGGAUUAGAGUGCACAAUAAAAUGUUUAGUGCUUGGUUACAUGGCUCAUUUGCAUAUCGCGAAUGUCGUUCUGUAAUAUAAGUAUUAAAAUGUUUUGUUUUGCCCGAUCUGGGGUGUAGGACGGCUGAGGGUGCCAUUAUUAUAUCAAUACGUUCAUUUCCGCGCAGCUGAUUAUCAAGAUAGUGUACAAAUAGAGUUAGGAUCAAUGCUUCCCCCCGCCUCAUCAAUCAAGGUCCUCGGGUGAUCGAGUUUAAACACGUCCACAGGGUAGACGCUGCCCCUUUAAAAGGUUUUCAAAUGACACUUAAUGAUGAUCCAUGCCGACACUAAAGCGAUUAGCACAGCGCUACAUAUGUUGCGUGUUAAAGGUCACGGGUGGCUUUAGUUCUGCCAGACGCAUUGCUAAUGACAUUCUCACCCAGCAAAGAACUAGGGAUGAACCUUUGCACCUCUGCUACCGAUCACAUGACUUUACACGACUCUGAAUCAACUGCCAACAUUCUGUUAUUAAGCUUAUUUAAAAGAAAUCGGCUUUAAAACAAGUCGAUGUCUCGUUAACGUGUAAGAACUGUGCUGUGUUUAAUGUAACAUGGCGUAUAAGAUACAUCAGUGGAUCAGAUAGGAGCAUAUCAAAUCAUCAACCAGUAUCAACCUCAGGAAAGAUCCACAGUAUAGGAUCGGUACACUUGAAGUAAACUAUAUUCCAGGCUUUGUGUUGUAUAGGGAUGUCUGAGUCGGUGCAAAUGAAUGAGAUUGAAUCUGUAAUGCAUUGUGAGGGACUUUCCUCUGAAACAGGAAGUCAGGGUGGGAUAUAUCGAGUGGCUCCGAGCACUUAUUAAAUAGCCAAUAGCGUUUAGCUUACCUCACAGCCUGAGCUGAGCCGUACCUGACUAAACAAUUGAAAUAGGAUGAAUUCAAGCCAUUUCCUUCUUAACCAACCACGUUCGAGCAUCCAGAGACACGUUUACAACCCAUGCUUGCUGAUAUGAUUUCUCCCGCUCAGCAACGGCAACUUCGGCAAGGUGAUUUUGAUCAUUCCGGGGGCGGGACAUUCCAGAUUCUAGAGAGCGUUUGAUUGGACCGGAAAUCUGAUGAGAAGCUGCAGGGCAGAACGAUGUCGUCGAAAUGACUGAUCUUUAUUGGCGUUAGAGAGACCGUACAUAUUGAACGCGUACAUCUUCUAAAUGCAGAUUUUGUCAUUGUACAUUGGAGCGCAUUAGCUGAUGGAUAACCUUAAGGCGAACAUAUUCAUACUAAAAGCCCCACUAAAAUCCAUAACCUAUGCAAAGAACUGAAAAAUGGUCUAAAACCUCCAGAAUUGUCACUUCACUGAGAAGCGCUGUACUCGGCCAGGACUCCGGUUCGGUUUUAAAAGUGUCCUUAUUAAAGAAAAAGUGUUAACCCUCCUUUACCACAGGAUAAAAUGGAAUCUUUAGUAAUACAUCAGUCUGUAAAGGGUAAAUUAUACACGUAUUAGCCUGGGAAAACCUUUCACGUAGCAUAAUCUUGACAUUUUCUAUGAUGCAUAUAUUUCUGAAAACAACAGACUUUCCUAAAACUGAAAUGUCUCUCCCGUUCUCGUGUCUCUCAACCACAACUCGUAGCGUUUUAACGUCUGGCUACCCCUAAAAGCGACGUGUCACGGGCGUUUUGUUUUGUCAGCCACAAACUGAAUCGAUUCGGCUUAUAUCCAUUUCGCUAUGGCGUGUAGCUAUCCACAGCUUGAUCAACGCGUGACAUUUGCUGUGUGAGGGAAUCUCAUUUGGUCGGCAAGGUUUAAGACAGACUGACUGUUCUUACAACAAUAUUUGUUAAGCUGGCUCCUUAUACCGCACGGCCUUUGCAUGAAGAUAUAGCAUAGACGUGUAUAUUAAAACUAAUUCCAUCCAUGUAAUUUGCGUGAAAUUUAUUUAAGGGUUCUUAAGUGGAAGUGUCAAAGUACGUUAUAGGGAGUGGUGAGUCAGUGGUUAAAGCUUCGAGCUACUGAUUGAAAGGUUUUAAUCUCAAAUCCGAGCAAUGCCGGCCUGCCACGGUUUCAUCUUCGAGCAAGACGCUCCACUGCUCAGCUGUAUCUUAUGUUGUCAUUUAGUUUAUCAGCCAAAGGAGCGAAAUUGGACAAAACGUGACGUCUUGUUGACUUAUUUAGCUGCUUUCGAUGGGUUUUCCGGCGCACGCACACGUUACCUGGGGUUAUUUCCGCAUGUGUUUUUAUAGUUAGUAAAAAAAAAAAAACAAUAAUAAAAAAUCCAGUCUUUCCAGACCAAAAAAAAAUUUCCGAAAAGUGGUUAACGCUAACACACGCCUCAAUUAGCAUUGUCAUGUAUUUUGUUUGGCUCAGAUCCAGCCUUGACAAAGCCACAUCAAGACAAAGAAUAUUUAGUUGCUGUAAAUGAUUGCAUGCAUGUAUAAAGCGCUACAAGCUACACUACAGUCAUCUGCUUCCCUAAGAUCUUCCUUUGACGCUUUUUUGAUAAACAGAGACAGCUGCAAUCACCAGGAGCUUCAAAAACUAAGAGACAGGAAAUGCACGAAACAUACAGGCAGGUACAUGAUUGACAGCUCAGCAGGUACAUGGGGUGUGUGUGUGUGUAAAAUUCCCUGGCUCCAGAUCAUAAACACAGACUCGUACCACUUCUUGCUGUCGACGCGAACGAGAAAGGGAGUGACGGAAGAGGGUAGAAAAACAACACAGCCGUGAACGACAGUCUUUCGAGAGCCGAUAACGAAAGUACCCUUGCACUUGAAGUAAAUCAUCAUUAUUAUCGUACGUGUUUUGUUUACCGUGUGUGCGUGAGGAGUAAGGUGGGGUGCUUAGCGUGUCAUUACAUUAUCAAAUGAACUCAUCAUCUCUUAGCUGCCAGCCAUCAUUCAUGACUAAGAUGAUGUAAUUGCCAUCAUUAGUGUUUACUCGUGCUGUGUGCGGUCUCGCACUGAAGCAGGUGAGACUAAUGAGUAAGUGAGCAACUUUUUGAAGUGUCUUCAAGAUCCGCACGUCUGUGUACGGUAAUCUCACAUGAGACGUGGUCUACCAGGCAAGAAGUGCUUGGUGUCUAAGGAAGCUUGUUCUCAGUAAGCUCAAAACCAAAUCUUCAUAUACUUCAAAUGACCUUGUUAGGCAUCCAUCCAUCCAUUUUCUUCCGCUUAUUUGGGUCCGGGUCGCAGGGGCUGCAGUCUAAGCAGAGCUGGCCAGACCUCCCUCUCCCUAGCCACAUCUUCCAGGUCCUCCACGGGGAUACCCAGUCACUCCCAGGCCAGACGAAUAAUAUAAUCUCUCCAUCUAGUCCUUGGUCUGCCCUGGGGUAUUCUCCCCGAUGGACAUGCCUGAAACACUUUUCCAGGAAGGCUUCCAGGAGGCGUACUAGCCAGAUGCCCAAACCACCUCAACUGGCUCCUUUCGAUGCAGACUCUACUUUGAGCUCCCCGCGAAUGUCCGAGCUCCUCACCCUAUCUCUAAGGCUGAGCCCAGCCACUCGUCGAAGGAAGCUCGUUUCCGCCACUUGAAUCCGCGACCUCAUUCUUUCAGACACUACCCAAAGCUCAUGACCAUAGGUAAGUGUUGGGAUUUAGAUUGGCCGGUAAAUUGAUUGCUGUGGCUCAGGUGGUAGAGCGGGUUGUCCACCAAUCGUAGGGUUAGCGGUGCGAUUCCCGGCCCACGUGACUCCACAUACACGGAGUAAUUUAGAGUCAACUUCAAAUAGUUUUUUGGAAGAGAACCUGGAGGAAACCCCACGUGGACAGAGGAAAAACAACAUGCGGACAGUAUCCUGAGCUCAAAAUGGAACCAGCGACCCUGGAGCUGUGAGUCGGCUAUGCUCCGCAACACCGUAAUAACAAUAGUAAAAUAGCAGGGCUAGUCCAUGUUUACAACCUCAACAUUAAAAUGGAACUAUAUUACAGUCCAGCUAUCAGCUUCCUGACACCUUCAGACUUCACGAGGCAGCACCUAGGAGACAGAAUGUAUUAUAUAUCCAAACAGGUAUAUUUGAUAUCUAGACCAAUCACAGACAGGGUAGGAACAAAAUAUGUAUUUUUUUGUGUCAAAACCUUUUUUUUUUUUUUUUUGUUUUUUUUUUUUUUUUUGUUCUGUUCGUGCCACCAAACAUGUUUUGGCUGGGGUUUUUUUUUUUUUUUUUGGCUGACUACAUUUGGGGUAAAUAGUAUUAAUCACUCGCACUCAGCACUCUCAGUCAAGUUCCUCAAAUGCUGAAUGAAGAGGGAGUCGGAGCAAGUGUGAGAAAAUAGGAAAGAGAAAGAACCCUUUCUUCCUCUCUCUGCAGCUGUUGUUGUAAUGUGGUGCGACAGAGCCAAAUCCAGGAGGAAGGGCUUCAUGCUUUCUUCCCCUGGCCGACCUUGCCGGAGGUCACAGUCCCCUUAAACAGAGAUAACGAGGCGUCGCCGCCUCCUUCCUCGCCUCUCUGCAGGCCUUGUGUGUGAGCGAUUGCCCAAAACACACCGCAUAACUCGUAGCAAUUGAAAAAAAAACACCACGAGACCCUCAGCGGUGGAUCUUUUAAGCAGAAUCAAUUGACCUGGUCUCUUUUGAAUCUCUUUCUUUCAUGAAUAUAUGUUUUUGAGAGUCAAUAAUUGGCUAGCGGUGGUUUUUAAACGGUUGGCUCACGGCCUGCUUACAGAUGCGCUUGAAGAUGCGGUGGCCUGAAAAAAAAAAAAACCCACCACCUUCGACGGACACCUUCUUUACAGAGCGCGAAUGUGAUUAGACAUGAUCAGUUAUAUAAUAUUCCACACUGUUUAACAGUAUCGUUUGUAGACACUUCCAAAAAAAAAAAAAUCAAGCAGUGUAAUAGAGAAAGCAGCAGAAGGACCGCUUCUUCCAGAGUGUCUUAUUUGGGUGCGUAUGAAAGAAUUUAACGUUCUCGGAGAAGUCAAUCCCAUAAUUCUGUUCACAUGAAGAAUUUACAUUGCGUUUAGAGUUACAGCAUUUUAUUAUUUUUUUUUUCACGCACUUAUCCAGAGUGAAGUGCUUUGUAGUCUCUGUCAAAAACAAAUCCUCAUGUUAAGUGAGAAUCCAAGAAUACCAUCAAGCUCAAACCCUGUUUGUACAGGAAGAAAUGAAAACACACAAGUCCAGGGAUUUGUGUGUGUGCGUGUGUGUGUGUUUUAAAUAAAUUAAAUAAGUGCUUGGUGAAGAGACAGGUCUAUAGAAGACAGCCAGUGACUCAGCUGUUCAGACAGCCAGGGGAAGUUAAUAAAAACCUGCUGAACAUAGCCACAGGACGCAUUUGUGCCAACAUCUACAGUUUAGCUACAGCGAUACCGGAGCGUCUGAAAGCUACGCUUUUCCUGCUUUGGUAUUCGUCAGACAAAGCGGGAAUCAAAUUCGUCCAGGAAUGGACGAGGGAAGUAAAAGACGUUCAUUUGUUUCAGGGAGCGUUUUUGUUUUUGAUUUUUCUCUCCCCUCCAUCCCUGCUUUUAUGACGGCUUAUCUAGGCGAACUUUGACCCGUGAAUUACCUGCGCUUGGUCUUGUGAGUCAACAGAAACCAAGAGGGCAGGACUGUGGUCUGUUUGGCCACCUGAACUUAGAGGAGCUGCUUUUUUUUUUUUAUUAUUGAAGAGUGCUCACGUCUGACUUUUGUGUUGCUGUUCUCUUACGUCUGUUUGAGAGGAAGCAGACUCAGAAGGGAACCCGUCCUCAUCUGGGUAACAGCGGACAGCGUGAAAGUAAAGGAAAGUUCAUUAUGGUUUUAUAUGAAGUCUGUUUUGUUGAACUCGUCCGCUGUUCACUAAAGGAGACUUGAGCGCAGAACUGCAUGUGGUUAUUGCGGUCCUAAGGCCAUCGCAGCAACCGUAGUUCCAGCACCAUAGCCUGACUGUUCGUGUGAAAUUGAGAUCCAAAACCAUUUCCGUGGUACUUCAAGCGGCACCAUUUUUUACUUUUAUUUAUUUAUUUUCCCCAAGAAAGCUACUUGAAUUGCACGGAAUAGUGGUUUUUCACAGUGAUGUUUAUUGGUAAAUCGAAGAGGGCUUUGAUUGAAUGCGUGUCGUGAUGAUGUCACAUGACACGUCUUGGCCCAAAUCUACGGUAAUUUAGAAAAAUUGCAAACUCCUCCAAAUGUAGCGUUUGCUUGAUUUUGCGUUAAUUAUAAGACGGUUUAACGGUCUUUUAUAAUUUGUCAGUAUGGAUGUUAGAGUAUUUUGUCAUAUUAAACAGUACUAGUUUAGAUUUUAUAGUGUGUUUAUUAUGUGAUGUAUGACCAUAGAGACGGUCAAGCUGCAAAAACUGUGUGUGUGUGUGUGUGUGUGUGAUAUUGAAGUGAUGUAUUUGUAACUGAGAGGACUGAAAUAGAUCCGUCACCGGAUCCUUCUAACCUGCUUCUGAAGCUCCUGGUAUGUUUUCAAAGUGCGGUUGCUUUCUGUCUUUACCUCCUCAUCAGCAAGCCAAAGGCCCAUGCCGAGAGCUUCUCAAAUAGACGAACGCCAACAUAGAUGAAGCGAGAAAGGGAUGAAGCGAGGAAAAGAAAACAGAACGAGGUUAAGUAGAAGGAACAGGCGAUGCUGAGCGAGCUUUUUAUAGCAGCAGCGUUGUGCUGAAGCCUGAUCCCGUCUGACUUCAAUAUUAAAGCCCGUCACUGUGACUCAGAUUCUCUCUCCUUCCCUCGCUCCGUCAUUCGCUCGCUCGCUCGCCCGGGCUAUUAACUCCUACAGAACAACUCUCUGGGUUCUCUCUCUCUCUGCCCUUUUCUCGGUUCUGCUCCAUCACAUCUCGUGUGUCUAUUUAUACACCUAAGGAACCUCUCGUACCUUAGAAAUCAUUGCAGGAGCUCACGUCCAGAGCGAGUGGUGAAUCAUGCCCGAGGGGACGUGGAUAAAUGCGGGCUGAGGACACACUGCAGCACACGUUUACCGCUGUAGCGGCGUUUUUUCCUAUUAUUCCUGGUCUGUCUGCUAAUCUAGCGUUUAGAUGAAGUUUAGUAACCACCAGGUGCUUGGGCAUGCUGACCAGCUCCCGUCAUGUCGCCGCGGUUACAUGAGCUACGUGCCAUUUCACACGGUGCUAAAUCUGUCAGCACCUUUGCAUACCUCACCAGCCCGACAAGACCAACGCACAUUCUCUCGGCUUUAGAAAGCAGCUGGCCGAGGAAAAGCCCCCACUGAGCCACUACACUAUACCACUCAACACUCCACUUUAAAGAUUUCUGGCACCUGUGUGACCGACGAGGCAAAGCCAAAACAUGGCCACCACCACACCAGUUUUUUUUUUUUUUUUUCCUGUGAGGCAAGGACACUACAGGUUUUUGCCCGAGUCUAGAGGGAGCGAGAUAGACUGAAGACCUAGCCAUGUGGCUUUUUUAUGUAAUUUUUAAAAAAAAUUUUAAAUUGCUGUUACUGAUAACGAACGAUACGUGUGCCAGGAGAGAGGAAAAAGGGAGAUUAGCCUAAAUGUUCGAGAGAAGAUCUGCCUUCGAAGUCCUUUCCCGUCAUUCACUUCCUCACUUCAAGCAGGGGUUUUAAGCGUUCUCGUCCCAUUUUUAGCUUCAGUGUGUUUUUCUGUCAAACACAAGAUCUUUCUAAUUCCGUUACAGCAGGAUCAUUCAGCUGGUUUUGAAAAUGAAGGGAUAAGUAAAGUAAAUGAAUCCUUAAAUCCUUAGCAUGGUAAUGUGAAAAUUGGUAACGUUAUGAGCAUAGUAAAAAAGUGGUUUAAAUUGCCCACUUAAGCCUAUAUUUAACCUCAUUCAUUCUUACAGUUGUUUCCUGAAACAGUCAAGGUUUUUUUUUUUUUCUACGUUUGUCCUGUGUCACUAGCUACGGAAAGCAACGUGUUCUCGACUGUGUAGGGACGUUUGGCUGAAUUCUGUGUUGUUUUUUUUUUAUUUUGCAGGUCUGUGCCAGGAGUGACCUCCGCACCUUUGCCACUUCACUGUGACUCGCCGAGGUCUAUCCGGGGAGGCGUGGUCCUGCCCCGCUGAAACAACAUGUGCAUUGGAAGCAGAGGACAAAGCCAGCGUGUGGAGCCCCUGCUCGCUCCUCUGAGCUCGGGAUGCGCUCUUCCCUACAGCCUUUCCCGUUCUCCCCUUUGCCCCGUUUUACGGCCCUGAUACCGCACCGGGUGCCAUGAGCAUGUACAGAGACCCUGGCCCUCUCUCUCAGCCCCUUCCCCCGGUUCACCUGCGCCUGCCGCUCCACAAUGGCCACUCCUCCCCGGCCGAGGCCAACCUAUCUCGCGUCUCCGUGCCCAAGAUGGGCGUACGAGCUCGCAUCGCCGAUUGGCCCCCAAGGAGGGAGCCGUCCCGAGAGUCGCUGCUAGAAAACGGGCAGGGUGUGACACCAGAGAGCGGUAUUGGCGAGGAGGGGUUUAACCAAGGGAUGGCAAUGGCAAGGGUGCCACAGCUCCGAUGCAGCAAAGAUGCAGAGUUUCGAGAGGGACGGACUCCGAGGAAUGUCCCGGGUUCUCCUGCACGUCUCCGCAUCCCGGGUUUCGCCCCUCUGCGGCAGCGUUCUAGCAGCGAAAUCACGCUGAGCGAACAGGAUGAAACAGAAGUCGAUGGUCGUCUAUUCCGGGUGUACGGCAGCACGUCGUCCAUCAACGUCCAGGCCGUGCCCGAGGAGAGCUUCUUCGACAUGCUCAGUCAGUUCCAGCAGGAGAUGCCGGACCAACGCAGUGCUGCCCCUGCCAGGCUGGGAGAACUACUGCGAGCUGAAUCCUCACACCACCCAUCCCCUUCUCCCGUCCCCUCCCUCCCUCACUCUGAAGACCGCCCCGAGAGCCGUGUGCGCAAGAAGAGCGGCGGCACAGAAUCGUCUCUCGGAACCUCGUCCCUGUUUCGGAAGCUUCGCAACGCCAACAGGGGGGAUCCCGAAGCAUCGCGCGGUGACUCCGAGGAGACACGACAGUCGGAGGCGUCACUCAGACUAUGGAUGUGUGUACGUAGCUUUGCACACUACGACGCCCAGAGCUGCUUGUUUGACCUACACGAGGCAGCCGCCCAACGCAGCUACGCGGCCCAAAGACGUAACACAGCCACAGGAGCAUCCUCGGCGUCUGCCGCGUCCUCGGCAGCCGUCUCCUUGGCUGUGAGUCGCGCUCUGGCUCUGGGCGGAGCCGAACCCACUUUCUCUAGUACGGACGACCUAAGUUUGCUAAUGGAGGGAUCUACCUUGAGCGUGGAAGCCUCGGACUCAGCAGGACAGGACAGCUCGAACUCGGGUCCUCAGCAUCAACUCCUGCUUACCUGCCCCAACUUCCUGAACGAGACCGGGAGUUACGGGGAGCGCAAUGUGAGCUUCCUGAGCUCGUGGGCAGAACGUGGGGAGGCCAGACUGCGUAUGCGCUGUACUAACGCCAGCGUGGCUGUGUUGGAGGUGGGGCCAGAAGAGCAGGCCACACGCAUGGACAGACUGCAGCAUCACUGCAUAGAGCAUGUGGACCUGGGAGCCCGAUACUACCGUGAAUACUUCCAUGGGAAAGAGCACUGGAACUAUUUUGGAACAGAUGACAAGUUGGGGCCCGUGGCUCUGAGCAUCCGCAGAGAGAAACUGGACGACACCAAAGAUCUGAAGGACCAAUACCAAUACCGCAUCAUCUUCCGUACCAAUGAGAUGGUGACGCUGCGAGGCUCUGUCCUGGAGGACGGCGUGCCCUCCACAGCGAAACACGGGACGGUGCGGGGUGUGCCCCUGAAGGAGGUGCUGGAGUUUGUGCUGCCGGAGCUGAGCAUGUCGUGUCUGCGUCUGGCUCUCAGCACCCCCAAAGUCACCGAGCAGCUGCUCAAACUGGACGAGCAAGGCCUGAGCCAGAAGCAUAAGGUGGGCAUCUUGCUGUGUCGAGCAGACCAGAGCACUGAGGAGGAGAUGUACAACAACGAGGAGGCUACACCGGCCUUCACCGCCUUCCUGGAGCUGCUGGGGGACACGGUGUGUUUGAAGGGCUUCAACAAGUACGCUGCCCAGCUGGACACCAAGACGGACUCCACCGGGACACACUCCUUGUACACCACCUACCAGGACUACGAGAUCAUGUUUCACGUCUCUACAAUGCUUCCGUACAUGCCCAACAACCCCCAGCAGCUCCUGAGGAAGAGGCAUAUAGGGAACGAUAUAGUGACCAUCAUCUUCCAGGAGCCGGGCGCUCUACCGUUCACGCCCCAGAACAUUCGCUCUCACUUCCAGCAUGUCUUUGUGAUCGUUCGUGUUCACAGCCCCUGUUCCGAGAACACCUGCUACAGUGUGGCCGUGACGCGCAUGAAGGACGUGCCCCCGUUCGGACCGCCCCUGCCUCCCAGCGGCGUGACCUUCCGCGACCCAGCCUCAUUCCGUUCCUUCCUCUUGGCCAAGAUCAUCAACGCUGAGAACGCUGCACACAAGUCAGAGAAGUUCCACACCAUGGCUGCUCGCACUCGGCAGGGCUACCUGCGAGACUUGGCUGAGAACUGCGCCAGCAGCACACCGCUCGACACGAGCGGCAAGCUCAACAACCUCAUCUCGCUCGCCUCCAAGAGGCGCGAGAGAGUACGGGCACGCCAGGGGGCGGAGUUCGGUGCCGCCGGAGCGUUGGCCUGGCGGGUAGUGGCGCAAGAUUUCAGCGGAGGCGGAGCGGAGCUUCCGUGUGUGCUGGCCAUCUCCGCCGAGUACGUAGUGCUGGCCGACUGCUCCACGAAAGAGGUGGUGUUCAACUGCUUCUGCGCCGAUGUGAUCGGCUGGACGGCCGAGAGGUUGAACUUAAAGCUCUUCUAUGGCCGAGGGGACCACGUGGCACUGCGUGUGCCUGAGGGCGGAGCCCAGGACAUCAGAGAGGUGGUUCAGAGGCUGAAGGUGCUGACGGUCGGCUGCGAGACGGUGGACAUGACGCUGAGACGGAAUGGUCUGGGCCAGCUAGGUUUCCACGUGCGCUUGGACGGCACCGUUUCCGAGGUGGAGGAGUACGGCUUCGCCUGGCAGGCGGGCCUUCGUCAGGGCAGCCGACUGGUGGAGAUCUGCAAGGUCGCCGCGGUGACGCUCACACAUGACCAGAUGAUCGACCUGCUCCGCACGUCAGUCACCGUUAAAGUGGUCAUAAUCCCACCGUUCGAGGAGGGAGGGGCCCGCAGGGGCUGCACAGAGGAACACGAGAUGAAGACUCAGGAGCAGAAAGGCGAUGCAGAGCCGAUGGCAGCGAGUUACCGUUCCAGCCAGCGAGGUCCAGCGUGGCGUUGGGACAGCCCCCCUACCGCCCCAUCAGCUCAGCGCUGGACUCCCGUGGGGCCUCCGUCAGGUCCCGGCCGAACACACAAGGGCCUGGUGCCUGUCCCAUACAGAGAGCCGCAACACAUCCCUGCUAAAAGACCUGUCAGUUACCCUGAGAACCAUUACAGCGUGUCUCCAGUAGGGGCAGAUCGAAGUCUGCCCUACCGCAACCCCUCAGCUAGUUUCUCCAGCCCUGGAUCGGCUCUCAGCACCGCAGCCCUGAGCGGCCCGUUCGUCCGGUACAAACCCUCUCCAGACAGGUUCGGCUCGGCCCAGCGCUCCCUCCAGCCGUACGAAACUCAUUUGACUCUUGAUGGAUCCAGUGGAGAUUCCUCAUCCGGCUUCACCAGCCAGGAGAGCACUAUGGAGCGCAGCAAGACAGAGCCCAUGUGGCAUGUUGCAGCUCCGUCUCGGAGUGCAUCCGGGGGCGGAGCUCAGAGGCGACAGGCUCGGCAGGAUUUGCAGGGGAAGGAUUCGCCAAACCGACACUCAAAGGGCGAGACGCAGUACUCCAGCCACUCUAGCAGUAACACUUUGUCCAGUAAUGCCUCCAGCAGCCACAGUGACGAACGCUGGUUUGACACCAUGGGUGCUAGCACCUCCGGUGCCCUCAGUGACCCUUGUGAUCCCUGUGACCCCGACCCCAUGGGGAAAGGAGGCUCUAGCGACAGUGGCAUCGACGCCUCUACUCUGUACGCACCCGCCUCCAGCAGCAAAUCAAGCAAACUGAGCCGGAGUCAUGCGGGAACGCCUCAUAAGAGUCUUCACUCUUCAGCCACCUACAGCGGCCUGCACGAGCUCUCUGCCCCUACAGCCAGAGUGGGGGAGGGGCUCCGGCGAGAGUCGUCACCCGUCAUAACCGCCUCAGCCAAUCCAAGCAAGAGUUACCACACGCGCACCUUCCCUCCACCUGGCUCAGCCAGCACAGACAACUUCAAACCCAGAGCCUGCUACACCCCUCAAAGCUUCAAGACCCCAGCUGUGCCUGAUAAGCCCCGGGCUUUCCGAUCCUCCACGGUCACGCCCACUUCAGGUUCAGCCCAGCUGUCCACCUCCGCCCCCAAAUCCUUAUAUGGUAAAACCAAGCAGGGUGCAUGGCAGCAGGAAGAGAGCAGCACAGCCACUAUGACCUCAACUUCCAGCAGCACAGACAGCAACAGCAGCAAGCAGGUGGACUUAAACAGUAAGAACGUGUUUGGUCAGCCGCGUCUGAGAGCCUCUCUGAGGGACCUGCGUUCUCCUCGGCGUCCGGCGCAAAAGAGCACCAUCGAGGACGACCUGAAGAAACUUAUCAUCAUGGACACACCAGCCGACACACACCAAGAAUCUUCUCCUCGGAAGACCCUUCAGCGGACCUUCUCAGAUGAGAGUUUAUGUAGUGGGCGGAGAGAUUCGAGCUUUGCCAGCACGCCCCUCUUUGAUGGACAGGCUUCACCCAGCGACCUGCUCUUCAUGAGCACACUGCCCACCCGUCGCCAUGGCAGCAGCACCAACCAUAGCGCCCUGUUGCCCAAUAAGAAAGUGCCAUUGUCUGCAUCAGAACUGUCUCUGACGGAGGUGAGGGAUAAAGUGCCCCCCCUGCGUAGACUUGAUCCCGGCCUCAUGCCCCUUCCUGACACGGCAAGCGGUCUCGAGUGGUCGAGUCUCGUCAACGCUGCCAAGGCCUACGAAGUGCAAAGAGCAGUUUCACUCUUCUCGCUGUCUGAGCCUCAUGUUAGAGGAGCAGAACUGAGACCUGUGAGAAGUCCAGUUCCCUUUCACACACCACAGACCACCCGCACUACACCCACCAUCAGCAGUGAUGAGGUUUCUGGAGAUCUGUCUGGCCGACUGUACCACCUUGAGGUCAUGUUAAAGCAGCUGAAUAAUGAUCUGGAGAAGGAGAAGCAGGAUAAGGUGGCUUUGCUGGCUGAGAUGGCUCACCUGAGGGAGAACAACCAGCGUCUGCAGGAGGAGUCUCUCUCCGCUAGCGAGCAGCUCCGCAAGUUCAGCCAGCUCCUCUCCUCCCCAUCAGACAGGAAGUGAACUCUGACUCGCUCUCUAUAAGGAGAGGAAGCUAAAAUCAGAGGUGGCAGUUAGAACAAGGGAGGUUAUGGACAACUCCCAUACCUGAGCUGUUCACACACAGCAGGAUGUCCUCACUGCCCUUCACCUCACCUCUCUCCACACAAGACUGAACACUGAGACUGCGAAGGAUUAGAGAUGAAAAAGGAUGGAAAGUGCAGAGAGCGAGAGGGAGAGAGAGAGAGAACGAGAAACCAACACACCUUUGAGUCACUUUGGGGCUUCAGAUCUUUAACUGGAAGAAGAAAAGACCUACAUAGGCAUCCCUAUUUUUUAGAACUCAUGCCAAGUACGUCCCAGCGCCUUGUACGGGAGCGUCAUGAAUACAUUCCCUUCACAGCUAUUUUCCCAACUAUUGCUUUAUUUUUGUAACGGACAUGUCUUACCAAUCGUAAGCCAGCUGAACAGCUGAAAUGUUCAGAUCGUACAGCUUGCAUUCAGAGAGGCCUAUUACUACUGCACAUGCAGCUCUUCAGCCAAAAAGAGAGAGGGACUGUGAUCCUAUGCCGAGACUACACUUCCCAGCAUGCAGCACUGUAAGAGCCUGCCAAGGGAGAACAUGGUACUGUAGUUUUAAACUGAGGUACAAUUCUCUUGGACUGACCCACAGGUAUAUAUAUAUAUAUAUAUAUAUAUAUAUAUAUAUAUAUAUAUAUAUAUAUAUAUAUAUACAGGUACAUGGAAUGCAAGAAGAUAUCAAGAUAUUGUAAUUUAAUGUUAUAAACACAUCAGGGUGCUACCUGUUGGUAUGCAACCCUCUGCUUAAACAUUGUAAAUGAUCUUAAAGGAAUGGUUCAAUGAAAGUACACCAACCAAUAAAGGUUGUGCUUUUGUACUUCUCAGUAAUGUAAAUAUCAAGCGAUGGACAUCACUUCCAUAUUUCACCCAAAAUCCUUUCCAUAAACACACACUCUUCUUCAUAUAAAGGAUAAAAGCUUUUGUUUAAAAUGGAAGGCAUUUGGCACGUGCGUAACGUUCAGCUUCCUGCUUUAAAUAUUCGACAGGACCAGCUCUUGCUUGUGAUAAUUCCAAACUGGGGAAAAAAAAGUGAUUCUGGCUUUCCAAUUGGCUGCCGCCUUAUUGAGUUUAUUUUUCGAUGUUGUUUUUUUAGAUUUCUGUAAGUGAUGCUAUAUAUGACCUUAUACCACAGCACAGCUGAAUUCUUAAUUCUGAUUGGUCAGAUGUUGAUUAUUGUUCUAUAACAGUAGCUCUGACAGUAAUGCUGGCUGAAAGGCAAAUAUUAACUCGUUCUAACACGUUAUGGUUUACAUCGUAACAACUAAUUGACGCUUCACUUAAUAUAAGCAUCAAACUAUCGAUAUGAUGACGUUUUCUUUAAGAAUAAAUUUAUUUCAAAUGUACGGAAGGAGUCUCCGUGUCAGCACGUCGUAACAGUUAGUACGUUUCUCUACACAGGAAGGUCUUGAGCUUUAUAAUAUGAAAAGCUGAGAUUUUUUUUCUUUUCUUUUUUUUAAAAGAGAGGACGAAUUACUGUGGUAUAAGAUGAGGGAAACACUUUAGGAAGUGCUGUUAUAAGAAAAUAAUCAGUAAUCAGGGUGGGGAUGGAAUCAUUAAUCGCACAUUGUGCCACCAGGUCGUUGAUUAUUUUCCUAUAACAGCACGUCCCUAAGUGUUCUAUAGUUUAUUUAAAAGUCUGUGUAAAUUUUCUGAACAUGUGGAUGCAGGAUUUUAUUUUAUUUUUUUCUAAAAUUUGGUCAUUUUUCCAAUUCCCACCCGAUAUCUAUUGCUCCCCUAUCACACCACGGCUACUAACGAGAGCGUGAAGACAUGAAGCCGGCUGUCACAGGGCAGCUGAACGUUAAGAGGAAAGCUUUAUCUGCCCUCUUCCGCAUACAUGAGUAUGCCAUCCCUCUCACCCAGCGAGCACGACCAGUUUUGCUCUCUCAGUCCCCCUGGAUACAGUUUGAAGCAUGUUUAUGGAAACAAUCUUGGGUGGAAAAAAAAAAAAAAAGACUCUCAUUACUUGGCAGCAAACGAAAUAUCUCUCGGCCGACCGGCUAGGUUUUCGCUGAGCCAUUCCCUUAAUGACGGUCAUAUCUAAGCUGAGACACCAUGACAUCAUGUACUGCAUGUCCUGUUCUCACAGUGCUGGUUUCUACGUCCUCCAAGUGACACCCUUUCUUAGACACAGAGUCAGUACUUGCGUUAUUCUUCAUACGAUACGUCCCCCGUGUGUACCGUUUCUCCACGACUAGACGUGAUUGUAGAUCAGUCAGCCCGUCUCCACGUGGUGUUGUGCAGGAAUUGAACGCGGAGGCGCAUCUCUUCUUAAAGCAUCGCCGCCAGUACUGUUGAACAGAGUUACUGUAAAAACACAGGACCAAUUCGAGCGACUGCUCAUAGAACUGUGAUGCUCAUCUCAAGUUUUCCCCUUCCUGCGCUUUGGCAUCGCACUGUGCGUGUAAACUCCCGUCUUCUUCGUCGAAUCGAGACACUGUACGUCUGUAUGCAACAGAGACACAACAGCGCCUGCGCUCGUUUAGCACAGCGCCUUCCACACAUAAUAUAUUUUUCUAUUUACCUCUCAGUUUAGGUGCAUCAGGUGACACGACUGUUGGCUGUUUUUAAAAACCGAGAACAAACCGAUCCAUGUCUGGGUUAUGUACUUAUUCUGGUUUCCUCAUCCCCUGCACUGUCUAUAAAGAGUUUAGUCGCUCUUCAUGAUGCUUUUUUUUAAAAAAUUUUUUUGAAAGCAUUAGAGCAGUUUAUAGAGUUACAGAAACUAAAUUAGCGAGUAGGUUUAAUCCAGAACAGUUGCUCAUUUGCUGUCAGUAGGUACUGUGUGUAUAUGAGCUUUAAUAUGGCAUAUUGAAAAGACGCAACCCCGACUGUCCCUUUAAUCUGGUCUAACUGGAAAACAUUGUCUCAUCGCUCAGGAGCCACUAUUCACCCUCGACGGCCUGAACUAUUUAUUCUAUUUAUUUUUUGCGUCGGCCAGAGGGAUGGUGUUAUGUUUUAUAUUCUAUAACUAACUAAUAGGAGUUAACACACACACACACACACACACACACACACACACCAGGAGGGAGCUGUUUAGACUGGAAAAUACAAUAUAUUAGUACAAAAAAAUUCAAGGAAAAAUCCACCCUGAACAACUUCAUAAUGAACCUGAUUUACAAGAUUUUUUUUCUUUUUCUUUUUAUUGCCUUCCCCCCCCCCCCCCCCGUCUGUUUUUAUUGUUUCCCCACAUUACCCACAAUGCCGUUUGACUACUUACCUAUUGGUGCAGUGGGGUUCAGCUCUAACGUCAUUCCUUACCUGAAGAGAUCGAUGCAGCAGCACUUUAAUCUUUUAGUCUGUCCAGCUCUGACAGAUCGUGCUAUGUUGGAGUUCUCGUUAAUGUGAUGUUGAACAUCGGUGGGGGUGGAAGUGUGACUAAUAGAAGAAGCUCUUACUCUUUUGUUUUUAGGAGCCAACAGCAAAACAUGAACAAUUCUAUCUUGUGUUUUAAAUUUUUUUCUUUUUUUUUUUUUCUUUCCCCUCUUUAAGUGCACUAGCAAUAACUGGGUCUUCCUGUGACAUCGGCGUGGCACACAACUGCUAACUUAUACAGCACCAACCAUCAGAUUUGCACCAGAAUCACUAACACAUCAGAAAUAUAUCAAUAUAAACAUAUAUCAUGUGCUUCAGGGUGGAGGAUUCCUUUAAAUCCUAGA